AUGGCCACGCCGCUGAUGCCAGCUACUGAGGGAACUUUAAAUCUCUUUUCGACACCCCGUACGACGAUGACGACGACGAAGCACGAGCAAUACGAGCAAUACGACAUGGUGAGAGCGUACACCAAGCAAUCAUCCGGCAUCGCCGGAGAAGAGCCGGCGCAUCGGUCAAGCCAAAUGGCGACGCUCAACGAGGCCGCGGUGGCGGAUCAGGAGAACGUGUCACCGGCCAAGACUCACGUAUCCAGACAUAGCCGCGUCAUCUCGGGCGUGGAGCUCUCGCCGUUGAAGAUCCUUUCUGGCCGAAGAUGUUCCUCCUCUGCUUCUUCGGACUGCACAGCCACCCGGGGCAGUCCGAGAAAGUUAUCACCCGAAAAGCGAUUCCCCGUCAAGAUCAGUGCACCAGAGGAGGCACCGCAGACGACGACGCCGCAAGUGCGCGAACUCAGCCUCGAGGAGGCGGUGAAGCAGAACGAGGGGCUGAAGCAGGCGAUUGAAAUAUUCGAGGACGAACAGAGUGCCUUGGAGGAGGGUGAAGCGGAGAAUGGGACGGCGACAACUCUCAAUGUCGACGUUCGGCAAGGCACCGAGGAUGAAGCUGCGGCACCGGACGACACCAUGGUCAGCACAUUCAGCACCUUUUCGGCCGUGCCCAACAUGGCCAUGCUCGCGAAGCUGGGGCAGACAACUCCGUCUCAGUUGUCAAGUUUCGGUGGCAUAGCAGCGCCACGGCCGAGGCACGAGGCCUCACCGGCACCAUCCGCCCGAGGGCCCUCGCACGAUGACAGCGGCAACACUACAAAUCUUCUGAUGGACUUUACCGAUCAAUUGAGGUUUCCUCACAAGUCGCCGGCCAAGCGAGGCAACCCGUCGCCCUCUCGAGCCGCGCUCAACGUGGCGGCGACGCCUAGUCGACCGUUCAGCAACCUGAUCGACUUUGAAAUACCUCCCAUGCCGACGCCCCGAAGCGUUCCCACCAUCACGCCGCGGGAGCUCGAGUCCCUCAAGUCUGGCUUCCUGUCGGAGAUCAGCUCUCUCAAGGCAUCCCUGAGCGGCAAGGAUGCCGAAGUCCAGUCGCUGAAGGCUGCGGUUGGCGACGCAGAGAAGCGAGUCGGCGAGUCCCUAGAGCAAGUCCGCGAGGAGCGUUCCAUCAUCGAGCAGCUCAAGGCGGAGAAGGAGGACUGGGAGUGCCGAAGUCGAGAGAUGGAAAGCAUGCUGCGAACGGUGCGAGAGGAAAUUGAGUUUGGCCAGCGAGAACGAGAGGAGGUGGAGCAGAAGCUCGACGAGAGCGAGAAGCGCAGGGAAGCGGCCGAAAUGCUUCACCAAGAAGCCGAGAGCAAAAUGGCGGGCAUGAGGGCCGGAAAGGAAUCCGACAAAUGCGCCGCGUCCUCUCCUGAGACGGCCACACCGCCCGGGCCCAACCGAGAGGUGGAGGUGGCAGUCGAGCGCGUGGCCCGCGAGCUCCACGCGCUCUACAAGAGCAAGCACGAGACCAAGGUCGCAGCAUUGAAGAAGUCGUACGAGUCCCGAUGGGAGAAGAAGGUGCGUGAGCUCGAGAAGCGCAUCGAGGAGCUCUCGGGGGAGAAGGACAGGCUCCGAAGCGGCCGGGACGCGACCAUGACCAGGGCGCAAGCUUCCGACAUGGUGGAGUGCAAGGCGCAGGCUGUGCGGGACAGCGCGACGAUCAAGGAGCUGAAUGCGGAUGUGCGGCGGCUCGAGGCCGUGGCGGCGACAGUCAAGAAGGACAACGAGCAGCUUCGGGGGAUGCUGGAACGGGAAAGGGUGGAGAAGGGCGAGCUGGUGCAGCUGGCGGAGGAGAUGAUGAGCAUGCAGAGCUUUGUCGGGCAACCACAACAUCAGAAGCAGGCGCAAGAGCCGGUGCCGCAACCUCAGCCACAGCCUCAACCGCAGCGACAAGCAGAGUUGGCCAAGACGCCCCGGGCAUCCGCGAACGGCGCCAGCCGCACCUCAGGCCUGCGUGCGCCCGGGACGGGACUGCGCGCUCCCCAUGAGCGGACGAAGAGUGGCGGCAACGGCUCCGGUGGACUGCCACGACCAGGGGGGAUGCCGAGAAGCGGCAUCAUGAGCUCCAUCGAGAAGAUGGGCAACUAUCGCGGACGCGCCGAGUAG